AUGACCUAUAAUCCGGCAUGGAAAGAAAUUCAGUGCAAUUUGAAGUAUCAUGAGAAGCCGCUGGAUAGGCCUGAUCUUUUAGCUAGAGUUCUUAGAGCUAAAUUUGAAAUGCUUAAACAUGAACUCUUGAAUAGGCAGAUUUUUGGUAAGGUGGCAGCAUGCGUCUAUGUCAUUGAGUUUCAAAAACGGGGAUUUCCACAUGCUCAUUUGUUACUCAUUUUAAAGCCUCAAUUUAAGUUGCUCAAUCCAGAGUCAUACGACAAGAUAGUCUGCGCUGAAUUACCUGAUCGCCUUCAGUAUCCUCACCUCUACUCUCUUGUUGUAAAGCAUAUGAUCCAUGAUCCUUGUGGAGACAUGGAUAAAAGUUGUCCCUGUAUGAAAGACGGUUCCUGUAAGAAUUACUAUCCAAAAAUUUUUUGCCCUCAUACAACCCAUGGUGAAGAUAGUUACCCAUAUUAUAGAAGGAGAGAUGGUGGCAAGAAAGUGAAAGUUCGCAGAUUCACCCUUGAUAAUAGGUGGGUUGUGCCUUACAACCCCUAUCUUCUUGCUUUGUUCGAUUGCCACAUGAACGUGGAGAUUUUUUCUACCAUUAAACUGGUCAAGUACCUGUAUAAGUAUGUGUUCAAGGGACAUGAUCUGGUCUCCUUUAGGAUUAUGACGGAUGAUAGUGCUACUGAUACUGACGAGAUUAAAGAGUUCCAAAAAGGUAGAUACAUUUCACCUCCGGAAGCGUUUUGGCGUAUCUAUGAGUUCCGUUUAAAUGAGAUGACCCCAUCUGUUUAUACUCUCCAGAUUCACCUUCCAAAUCAGCAGCUUGUUUCUUUUUCGAAAAACUCAGAUUUGCUGCAAUUGUUAGCAAAAGUUGAUUUUUUUAGGACCAUGCUAAUUGAGUUUUUCAAGAUGAAUACAACCAAUGCAACCGCUGAAAACCUUAAAUGCUUUUAUAAAGAUUUCCCUCAGCAUUUCGUUUGGUCUUCCAAGUAUAAACACCGGACGGAAAGGAAGCGUCGAAAGGUGAUAGGUAGACUUGUCAGUGUUAAUCCAAGAGAAGGAGAGAGGUACUAUCUAAGGCUUCUCUUAAAUCAUAUUCCUGGACCGAUAUCAUUUGAAGAUCUCUUGACUGUUCAUGAUAAAAAAAUGAACUCAUUUAGAGAGGCUGCUCUAGCGCUUGGGUUGUUGCAAUCUGAUACAUAUAUAGAAGAAACACUUGAGGAAGCCACUGCAUUUCAAAUGCCAUUUUCGCUCAGAUUAUUAUUUGCUACUCUUCUGGUCUAUUGUUCUCCAACUGGUCCCACGAUGUUGUGGAAAAUAUUUGAAUUGGACUUUUCUAGGGAUUAUCUCUGGCACAAACAAUCUCAUGACCACUCUCCUGCUGAAAUUAGGGGAUUAGUUCUUGCUGAUAUUAACAAAUCUCUUCAGCAGAUGGGUACAAGCAUUGCUGCGUAUCAGUUACCAUUAGAUGACCUUGUUAGUGUGGAUCAAGUUCACCUAACAAAAAAGAUAGAGGCUAAAAGAAAUAUAGACAUACCACCGGAAAAUUUGCUAAUGUCUUUAAAAUUAAAUUCCCAGCAAAAGUAUGCUUAUAACAAGAUCCUAAAAGCAUGCUUUGCUUCCCAAGGACAUUCUUUUUUUAUUGAUGGUCCUGGAGGUACCGGUAAAACAUUUUUAUACCGGUCGCUGCUUGCUACUUUGAAAUCGCAAGGUUAUAUAGCCAUUGCAGUAGCAACCUCUGGAAUUGCAGCGUCUAUCCUUCCUAGAGGAAGAACUGCACACUCAAGGUUCAAGAUACCUCUUGAUUUCUCAAAGAACAGAACCUGUCAACUUAGUAAGCAAGGCAGUGUUGCAAAGCUGCUUUCGGAGUCUAAACUGAUCUUGUGGGAUGAAGCUUCCAUGGCAAAACGAGAAACUAUUGAGGCAUUUAAUGAUUUGCUUAGAGACAUAAUGGAAUCUGAACUGCCUUUUGGAGGUAAAGUUAUUGUAUUUGGUGGGAAUUUUCGGCAAACACUACCUGUUAUUGAACAAGCAACAAAGGAGGUCCUUUUGCAGUCUUGCUUUCUCAAUUCUCCAUUGUGGUAUAAGCUUCAUAAACUGAAGUUAACAGAAAACAUGCGAGUUAUAUUAGAUUCUCAAUUUUCUGAAUUCCUAUUAAGAGUUGGUGAAGGGCGCGAGCCUGUGGACUUGAACAGCGAAAUAACUUUGUCCAGAGAUUUAGUCAUUCCUUAUUACGAUAAAGAAAAAUCCUUAAACAGGUUGCUACACUCUGUAUUUUCAGAUUUAACUCUCUAUUCUCAGGAUCCGUAUAGCAUGAUUAAUAGAUGUAUUCUUACCCUUAAAAAUAACUUGGUUGAUGAGUUGAAUGAUAUAAUGAUUAGAAGGUUUUCUGGAGAGCUUCACACUUACAUUAGUUCUGACAAAGCUAUUGAUCAGCGGCACCAGGGUAAUUACGAGGAUUUCCUUAAUUCUCAGAAUCCAACAGGUCUUCCUUCUCACAGAGCUAGAGCUUCAACUGAGCUGAAAAUACUCAUUGUACCAGGAACUUUUGAUGGAAUGUCUAACCUCUUGCCGAUUGGGGACAUCAUGCCUGAUAUGAAAAACUGGUCUUGUAUCAUAACAAUUCAGGAGAAACAACAGGUGACAGAUUCUAUGGGAACACCAACCAAGAAGCAAAAGUUUGUCUUCUAUGAUUCAGAGAGCUCUAAAGUUGAAGGGAUAAUCUACAAUGCUGAUAUUCCAAGAAUGAGUCCUAUGCUGCAAGUGAUCACUUCCAAAACUGUCAUUGAAGAAGUUAAUGGCAAUGAAGACAUUAUGCCUGUUAAAUUUAGUUUCACUGAGUUUGCUGAUUUAGCUGAAUACAUGGAUGAUAGAAGCAAGUCCGUCGGUGUUGCUCUCUCUACUUGGUUCGAUUCUGCACUCCUUGUUGAUCCAUCUAUACAGGAAGCAAGACAGCUCAAGAAUUGGUGCCGCUUUGACGUUGAUUUGAGCGAUGACAGUGGAGUUAUACCUGCUUCUAUCUUUGGAGAUCUAGCAGAAAAUAUUCUCACCUUUACUGCCCUUGAAGCAAUUGAUCAUUUUAAUCAGAAUCUUAAACUGCCGCUUGAGUUUGUUCAUGCUCAAAUUAAAACAAAAACAUUUCUGGUUCACAUUAAACCAGUCCAAACUCAGCUCGCUGAUGCUAGACAGCGUUAUACGAUUUUAUAUUGUUCUGAACUCGAACCAGAAUUUGGUCGUGCUCAAUUGACAGGUGAACCAGAAUCUGUCUCGCUUUCAACUCACCAGCAAACUGAAAAUGAGCAAUUGUUGAUGACAGGAGAUGGUGGUUCUGGCUCAAAAGUUCGCCUUCGACUCUGUCAAAAGUUUGAUGAAGCAGAAACUGUCGACAGCAAUGACUUUGAAAGUUCAUAUGCCAACUCCAAAAAGAAAGCAAAAUUAGGCUGA